AGUAGUAAGCUCCACCCCCACCCGGGCCCGCACCGCCCCCUCCGCGCUUACGUGGCGCAGCCGCGGGGACACGGCGUGGGUGGUGGGCGUCCGCAGGGACACGUUGAGCACGAUGACGCAAUUCAUGACAAUGAGCGUGGCGACCACCAUGACGAAAAUAAGGAACCUGAGGAGCCCGGAAUGCGUGACAUCACCGCUCCCCCUCCCAGCUACGGAAGGCACCUCGCGCUCUCUGACCUCACAAACACGGCUUCUCCUGGCACGGGUUGGUUAUGCCCUCCAGCUGCGCCCCCUGCGCGACGACAGACGCGUCCCCCAGCUCUUCUCCCGUCCUACCACUUGUGGCAGCCAUGAAGGGAACCCCCAGCUCCCUGGACACCCUGAUGUGGAUCUACCACUUCCACAGCUCCACCGAGGUGGCCCUCCAGCCCCCGCUUCUGUCUUCCCUGGAACUCUCCGUGGCCGCAGCCCAUGAAUAUCUGGAGCAGAGGUUCAGAGAGCUGAAGUCCCUGGAGCCACCUGAGUUGAAGAUGCAGGAGAUGCUGCCUGCCCCGAAGCCCACCCUGGGGCUGGUGUUAAAAGAAGCCGCAGCCAGCCUCGUGAGCUUCGGCGCCACCUUGUUAGAGGUGGGGUACUGGGGGGCUCAGGAUACGCGACGAUCGGGCAGCGGGAACAGGGACCUCUGCCUCCCCGCUAACCCCUGUGCUCCCAAUGCAGAUCUCAGCCCUGUGGCUGCAGCAGGAGGCGCGGCGACUAGACCGCAGCGCGGGCCCAGCCCCAGACGGCGGGGAUCCGGGUGCAGCUCUGAGCCGGGUAGCCCAGGCCGCGGGGCAGGGGACUCGGCAAGCUGGGGCUGCGGUGCGCGCCGGCGCCCGGCUUCUAGUCCAGGGAGCGUGGCUAUGCCUGUGUGGACGGGGUCUGCAGGGGUCUGCCUCAUUCCUGCGACAGUGGCAACAGCAGCUAGGCCUCGGAAUCCCCGGAGAACCGGUGAGCUCGGGAUGCGGGGUGAGUUGGGGGCCAGAGGCGGCGGGGCUAGGGAGGCACUGAGCCGGACCGUCCCUCAACAGAGCUACUCAGGAGACCUCCAGGUGACGUCCAGCAGCAGUGAGGAGGACGGCGGACCAGGGACUCCAUCCCCAUCCCAAACCCACCCGGCGUCCGAAUAAAGCCCAGGGCGGGGCGAGACAGCCAGAACUUCUCCCGGGGUCUCUGGGUUUUGGCCACGCCCCCACCUGACAACCCCCCCCGGCCCCGCCCUUCGCACUGGCCACGCCCCCGCGGGGGUCACCGCCCAGACAUGCUCCGCCCUCACCUGCCCAGGAGCGGCACGCUCAGAGACGUCUCUGGGAUUUUCUGGGCAAUGAGGAACAAGAAGACGGUCUGGGCGAGCAGGACGUUGAUGGAGACCGUGCAUUUCUGGCCGCCGGCUGGAGGGAGAGCCAGUGAGAGUGGGCCCCGCCACCCGGGAGCGAGCCCGGGUUUGGGUCUGGGGGGUUUGGGUGUGGGUUCCGGGCCACUGCUUACCCUGCGCCGGCAGGAAGUAGGCGAGAAGCACCAGGCCCGAGAUGAGCACACAGGGCACGAUGAUGUUAAUGACGUAGAAGAGCGGCUUCCGGCGGAUGAUGAGCGAGUAGAUGACGUCAGUCUCCCCUGGGCCGUCGGUGGCACCACUGUUGUGGUGGCGGAUCACCCCCGGGCAGAAAUCGAUGGCCCACUCGCCGUUCUCUGCGGGAGGCGGGCAGGGUCAGCUGGCUGACAGCGGGCUGAAGAGGAGACUGCGGCUGUCUGCACCAGGGUCAUGGGCCGUCAGGAUAGGGGCAAUUCGGGCAGAAAAGGGCAUUCUUGUUGAGGGUAUGGAAAGCCAGAAGGCAGGACUAGAGUAACAAUCGAGAAUGAUUUCAGGACGGGGGUAAGCUAAACCCGCUUGCAGAAGUCAUCCUCUAGUGGCGUUGGUCUGGGGCAAGCCCACCCUGGAAGUCCCCUCUCUGGACCUCGUCUAGAAGCGGGUUUUUCUGGGCAGGCGGGGGCUUCACCAGUAUAGGCCUCAGUGUCGAUGUCGAUCUUGUUGAUGGUCUCGCCGUUGUCGUCCACAGCAAAGGUGAACUCCACUUCUUCGGCACUGUACGUCUGAGAGCUGCGAAGCCAGGGCCGGGAGCCCACCCCACAAGCUCUGACCCGGGCCCCAGCCUCAGACCCAGCCCUGGAAGCUGGGAUCUAGCCGGGCCGGGAGGCCCCACCCCUUCACCCAGGCCCAGGCGCUAGCCUCUGUUCCCGCCUCUACCUCGGCCCGCUCCAGGCCUACAACUUGCUCCGCCUCCAGCGUGAAGCCCAGCCCCGAGGGCGGUGCUUCCAUUUGGCCCCGCCCCCACACAGGCCCCUCCCAUAACCCUCCGGGCCUCGGAGUAACUCUCCCCACCGGAAAAUAAGCGAACAGUUCUGCCAGUCGAAGGGGAAGUAGGUGACCUCCACGGCGCAGACGCUGCGGUAGAUGGCCGGAGGCAACCACGUCACGGAGCCGUCCUCGUAGAUCAGCACGUUGGCGUCGUAGGCCACGCCGAACUGGCCAUCAAUACUGUGGGCUCGGGGAAACCGAGCUUUUUGCACAGAUCUGCACCCUCUCGGAGUAUCCCCCCUUUCCCAACCAAGUCCAGCCCGCACCCCAGGCCGGCUUCCCUCCAGCCUGGCGUCCGGCCCGGUUCUCACUUGUUUUCCAGCACAAUCUCUGGCAGCCACACGAGUUCUGAAGGGACUCGCAGAAUUUCUAUGCCCCCAAAGUCGUCCUUGCUGUAGUUGAGUCGGUAAUCCUGCCAAUCCUAAGGGGUGGGGGACGGAAGGACGCGUACCCUGCAUCUCCCACCUGGCGUUGCCUGGGAGGGGUUUGGGGGAAAAGGAGUCCCUUGGACAAGACCUAACACUGUUCCCCAGAUUUGACUCACGAUUCCAAUCCAGACGCUAGUGGUGAGAGUCUCCUCUUUUUCAUUCUGCACAUGGGAGAUGGGGAUGAUUGAAGUGAGAUUUCAGGGCCAGAAGUGAGCUUUAGGACCAAGCUCAGCGGCUGGGGCCAGAAGUGGGAUUUUUGGCUUGUGAUGAGGGUGGGGAUAUCUUACCAGUGAGAUGAGAUUCGUCAGGGUGACCUUGAGGCUGAUGGUGACAGUAUCCUCAGGCUCCCGCACUGGCCGGCUUCCUGAGUCAUAGUUGUCGAAGAGAUGGUGAUAAAGACGCAGUUCCUCAUUCUUCCCCACACUGCUGCCUGCGAUGGGGUCAAGCAGGAAGGGUCACCGGCAAUAAUGAAGAGGCUGAAUUUCCUCUCUCCUUCCCCUGGGUCCUCACAGGCCUCUGAGGCUGUGUAUUAUCCGUAUCUGUCUCCUAAACCAAUUAUACUGUGCCUGGAAACCAAAUACUGUGUCUCAGUCU